CUUUGACCUCAAGAAAAAUCUGCAACCAGUGUCAUGUUCCAGCUAACCUAGCAAUAGGGACGCGGGCGCACAUUGUUAUUUUCUCCUAUAAAUUGGAUAGCAUUUAGAAAGCAAGUGCAACUGCAAAUCGCUGAUAACUAAGAUCAGUACAUGAUGGCUUUGUUUCGCCUUGUUCUCUUGCUGUUCCUCAGCAGCUGCACUGCAGUACUUGCAGAUUUUCUCUUUGAUAUUAAUGCUGUUAGCGUUUAUAGCUGCAGUGAAAAUUCAACAAUAUCAACCCCUCAAAUGUCAGCAAACAUUGAUAGCUUGGUGGCUCAUCUAGCAUCAAGCGCUUCUCAGAAUCGUUUCAGUGUUGCCACUUAUGGCAAAGGUACAGACCAAGUUUACGGCUUGGGACAAUGCAGAAGAGACUUGAAUGGUAAAGAUUGCACAGCCUGCCUUCAUAAUACAACACAAACCAUUCGCACAUAUUGUGCAAACCGGGCUGAUGUCUGGAUGUGGUAUAAUGAUACCUGCUUUCUAAGGUUUACCGAGAACAAAUUCUAUGGAAUAGUUGAUCCAUCUACCUUUACCAACUUCUACCUAGGUGAUCAUCCACAACAUCCCACUGCUUUCAAGAAACAGCUAGAUGCUCUUAUAAGUAAGGUCAGCUCGGAGGCUAUUGUGCCUGCAAAUGAAGCGGUUGGCAAGGGAAGGAGUUUCAGUGUCGCAUCUAAUGCUACUAUUUAUGCCUUGGCCCAGUGCACCAGGGAUUUGUCCCAGCAUUCUUGCAACGACUGUCUGAACAUAGUCACUGGCAACUUACUCAAAUUCUGCAACAACGAGAAAACUGUAGGAUGUCGAGUUGCAUCUACCGGCUGCUAUGUUCAUUAUGAAACAUAUCAGUUUUACUAUCCUCUUGAUUCGUGAGAGCCCUUGUCAGUGUAAAAAGAAAUAAAAUUCCUCCAGAGUUCACUAAACCUUGAACUAAAAGGUGAUGCCAAAGAGGAGUCAAAUCAAGAAAUUGUAUUCUGUACCGUGUUAAUCAUUUCUCUCAGUAUCUCUUACAUUUGAUUUACUACGUGUAAAUUACAUGUCUGCAAAUAAAUGGAGAGAUUACAUUAAGGUAAA